AUGGUGAGACCUCGUCGAACACCAGUUCGUACUGCAGCAGAAAUCAAUCGUGACGCCAUUACUGAGCUACAAGCCCAGAUGGCUUCCAUCACAACUGCCCUCCAAACCCUUCUGGUUCAACAACCAGCACCAGCCGUACGCGAGCAUGUUGCUCACGUUAACAGUACCAGAGACGAUGUUGAUGACGAAGAAAACCCGUUUGCAGACGACGUUAAUCCCUUUGCUCCUCUACACACCAACCGUACUCUAGCACCAGAUAACGUACCAAACGCAGCAGCUCAUAUUCAUUGGGAAUCGGGUUUCAAAACCGAGAUACCAGAGUUUCAUGGCAAUUCUUCAGCUGAAGAACUGCUCGAUUGGAUAGUCACGGUAGAAGAAAUCCUAGAAUUCAAACGAGUUCCAAUGGAUCAAUGUGUUCCUGUCUUAACAAUGCGUUUUCGUGGCAGAGCAGCUGCCUGGUGGACACAAUUGAAGACAACUCGUGCACGUCUUGGAAAACCAAAGAUUAUGUCAUGGGAUAAACUUUCAUCAAAACUUAAGAAAACAUUCUUGCCUUACAAUUAUGACCAGCUAAUGUUUCAGCGUCUCCAUACCAUCCGUCAGGGAAAUCGAUCUGUGGCUGACUACUCUACUGAAUUUUUUUUACUUCUCAAUCGAGUUGAUAUACAAGACUCUGAGCGUCAACUGGUGGCACGGUUUACAGCAGGAUUACGACAACAGAUCCAACACACAAUCAAUCUCUUCCAUCCAUCAACACUGUCAGAAGCACAUCAGCAAGCUUUGACUAUUGAGGCGCAAACUAAAUUAUCCUUCUCAUCAUGGUCUACUGUUCGUUCUUCUCGACCAAAUCAGACUCCGACUGCGACAGAUGACGCUAUAUCUGUCAAAGCAGACACACCCAUUGUUCCAGCUCUUGACACUCGACAAACUCGACCAAACUCAAUUCGUUGCUUUUCUUGUGGAGAUUUAGGUCAUCGACAGUCUUCCUGCCCCACUAGAAACAGAAGAGGCCUCCUCCUUGACACUGCUGGUAAUGACGUUGAAGUAAUUUACGAUGAGGAAACUACAGAGCCACAGGAUGAAGUAGAGGUUCUUAAAGCAGAUAGCGGACCAGCAUUAAUGUUGCGACGUGUGUGUUUAGCUCCGCGUGGAACAGAUAUCAACCCUCAACGACAUAAUCUUUUUCACUCAAAGUGUACUAUUGGAGGCAAGGUGUGUAACUUCAUAAUUGAUUCUGGUAGUAGUGAAAACGUCAUUGCUGAGGAGGUUGUAACCAAACUUCAAUUAUCAACAGAACUACAUCCUAACCCCUACAAGUUGGCAUGGUUGGAUCGGAAUACUGAUGUACUCAUAACUCGACGAGCAUUGAUUUCUUUUUCGGUGGGAGAUUCGUAUAAGGAUCAAAUUCAUUGUGAUAUUGCUCCAAUGGAUGCUUGCCAUCUACUUUUAGGACGUCCUUGGUUAUCUGAUCUUCGAGUACAACAUGAUGGCUAUCGUAAUACCUACAGUUUUCGUUACAAUAAUCGCAAUUUCACUCUACAACCUUCUUUGCCCGAGAAACAACAUACACCAUCAGCUCCAGUCCUUUUCUUGCAGCAAAAAGCUUUUGAAGAAACACUUCGCGAAGAAAGAUAUGUUCUAAUAUUGAUCAAUUCGGUUGUCAGAAAGUCUUUGCCGUCACCUCCAGAACAUUUUCAAAGACUAUUGGAAGAGUUUCAGGAUGUUUUUCCUAAUGAGUUACCACCCGGCCUUCCUCCACUCAGAGAUAUUCAACACCAUAUUGAUCUAAUUCCAGAUGCUGUUCUUCCUAAUAGAGCUCAUUAUCGUAUGAGUCCGAGUGAGCAUGAAGAACUUAGACGACAGGUUGAGGAACUUGUGUUGAAGGGAUAUUUACGUGAAAGCUUGAGUCCGUGUGCAGUCCCAGCUUUGCUUAUACCAAAGAAGGAUGGAUCUUGGAGGAUGUGUGUCGACAGCCGUGCUAUAAAUAAAAUUACAGUACGCUAUAGAUUUCCCAUUCCCCGUCUCGACGAUCUAUUAGAUCAAAUUGGAGCUGCAACGAUUUUCUCUAAACUGGAUCUUCGAAGUGGUUAUCAUCAGAUACGGAUCCGCCCAGGAGAUGAAUGGAAGACGGCUUUUAAAACUCGCGAAGGACUUUUUGAAUGGCUUGUCAUGCCCUUUGGCUUGUCCAAUGCACCAAGCACUUUCAUGCGUGUUAUGAAUCAAUCUCUUCGGCCCUUCAUAGCACAAGGUCUAGCCGUCGAUCCGAGCAAGGUAGAAGCAAUAAAAUCUUGGCCUACUCCUACUACUUUAUCUGAAACUCGAAGUUUUCAUGGUCUAGCAUCUUUUUAUCGAAGAUUUGUGCCGCAAUUUAGCAGUUUGAUGGCACCUAUCACUGAUUGUAUUCGUCAUGAUAGUGUCUUCACUUGGACUGCCGAAGCAACUACAGCUUUUGAGAUCAUUAAGACGAAAUUGUUAUCAGCACCUAUUCUAGCUCUUCCAGAUUUUACUCAAGUUUUUGAACUUCAUAGUGAUGCUUCUAAGUUGGGCAUUGGUGCUGUCUUGAGCCAACGCAACAAACCUAUUGCCUUCUUCAGUGAAAAACUGGCUGGAGCUCGUCUACGUUAUAGUACUUACGAUGUGGAAUUUUAUGCAGUGGUUCAAGCAAUCAAACACUGGAGACAUUAUCUUUUCCAUAAAGAAUUUGUUCUUUACACAGAUCAUGAUGCUUUAAAACACCUGAACAGUCAAGAUAAAAUCUCAGCUCGUCACGCAUCAUGGAUAUCUUACUUGCAACAAUUUACGUUUGUUAUCAAACACACGUCAGGUGUUUCUAAUCGAGUUGCUGAUGCCCUGAGUCGUCGCCAUUCUUUGCUGAGCGUUCUUCAUGUAUCAGUUCCGGGAUUUUCCACCUUUGCUGAUUUGUAUGAGUCUGAUGACUUCUUUGGUCGAGUUCUUCUUGACGUACAGAAUGGUCUUUCUCGAGAUUUCACUAUGCACGAUGGCUUUCUUUUUCGAGACAGUCGUCUUUGCAUUCCAGACUGCAGCCUCCGUCUUAAACUUGUUGCUGAAACACAUAAUGAAGGACACAUUGGUCGCGACCGGACGUUGUAUUUACUUUCUCAGUCUUAUUUUUGGCCUGCAUUGAGACGUGAUGUUGAGCGUUUUGUCGAACGUUGCACAGUGUGUCAGACAUCAAAAGGAACCAGCCUUGACAUGAGUUCCGCUUAUCAUCCUCAAACGGACGGUCAAACAGAAGUGACCAAUAGAUCUUUGGGGAAUUUGCUUCGCUGCCUUGUGGGAGAUUCUAUUAAAACUUGGGACUCAAAGCUUCCUCAAGCAGAGUUUGAUCAUAAUCAUUCACUUAAUAGAAGUUCAGGGUUCAGUCCAUUUCAGGUCGUUUAUGGUCUUCUCCCUCGUGGUCCUUUGGAUUUAUCUACUCUUCCAGACCGUACACGUCUUCAUGGUGUAGCUGAUGAUUUUGUAGACAACAUUCAUACGAUUCAUACGAAGGUUAUUACCAAUCUCGAGUCAUCCUCCUCAAAGUACAAAGCUGCGUCUGAUUCUCGUCGCCGUCGUGUUCUCUUCGAAGUAGGUGAUCAAGUUUGGGUAUUUCUCACUAAAGAUCGAAUGCCGGCUCAUGCUUAUAAUAAACUCAAGGCAAAGAAAAUAGGUCCUGUCACAGUUGUGGAACGAAUUAAUGACAAUGCUUAUCGCCUACAACUUCCAGCAAACAUCAACACUUCGGAUGUCUUCAAUGUUCGUUAUUUAUCACGUUUUGUUCCACCAGACCCAGUUCCAGAUUCGUGGUCGAAUCCUUCUUCCCCGGCGGGACCUGAUGCAGCAUCUUGA